AUGCUAAUCGAACAAUACAAACAUGUUGAUUUAUCAAAUAAAAAAGAUGAACAAAUUAAAUCUUUACAAAUAAAAUUAGGUGAAUAUCGAAAUGUUGAUCUAAUUUAUAAAGGUCUUGCAAGUCAUUUUAAAGCGGAAUUACAAAAAAUGGUUGGAUCUUGUCAAACAAUUCAAGAUAAAGAUCGUGUUAUAGAAGAAUUAAUACGUUAUAAUGUUAUAUUAAAAGAAGAACAUAGUAAAAUGUCUGAUGAUAAACAAGAUUUAAUAAGAAAUUUAGAUCGUAUAACUACACAAUGUGAAAAAAUGCAAUUAGAAAAACGACAAGCAUUCAAAAAACAAACAACUACAGCCGAUAACACUAAACAAGAAUUAGCAUCUGCUCGUCAACAACUUGAAUCUUAUCAGUCACGUGUUAAUCAGUUAGAAUCACUUUUAUUUCGUACUGCUUCACCUGAUACACGUUCUUUUGCUCGACGUGUUCUUCAUGAAAGUCCAAUGUCAGAUAGUGUUACACAAAAAGUUCGUGUACGACUUGCAGAACCAUUAGAAUCAAUUCCUAUUCCUGUUGUUGAUGAUGAAAGUUCAAAAGAAGAUGAAAUUGAUUUAAAUAUGAUUGAUCUUACAAAUGUUCCUGAAAGAUCAUCAUCAUCAUCAUCAUCAUCAGUAUUUUCUACUCAACAAUUUGCAACAACAAUAUCAGCUAUUGAUAUUCUUCAUUCAGUAAUUCAAGAAACAACAUCAAGUCUUGAUUUACCAAUAAUUAAAAAAAUGAAAGUUAGAAAAUUAGAUGAUGAUAUUGAAGAAAAUGAUGAUUAUCUUGUUCGUCCAUUAGUACAAAAUCAAAAUAAUUUUAAACGAACUUUUAAUAAAUUUGGUGGACAUUCAAUACCAAUAACACGACGUAUAAGUAAUACAACAUUUAAAUCAAAACCAAAAUCAACUAAACCAAAACAUAUUUCAACUAAAAACAAUCAUAAAAUAACAACAUUUUUUGUUUAA